AUGAAUGCCAAGAUGUUCUCCUUCAUGGUGGGCAUCUUCUCUGUCCUCAACACCAUCCAGUUCUUCAUCUUUGAACUCAACCAGGUUACAUACUUUGGCUAUGAGGACAUGUUCACCAUAUAUCUGAACACAAAGUCCAAGGCAGUCUCUUGGAUAAUGACCCACAGGCAGGCCAUCAGCGUUGGCCUAUCCAUCACCACCAUCAUAGUCAGCUGCUUCCUCGUUUAUUGCAUUCACAAGAGAAUCUACACAGGGCUGCCGAUCUAUGCCAUGUGGAUCAUCACCUAUGAGCUCAUCAGCUUCUCCAUGGUCGUGCUUACCAAUGGGGCCAUCAAAGAGCAGUUCAAGGAGAUGAGAUACUUGCACUUGAUCUUCCAAAUCUCACGAAUGCUCCUACACUUUUGCUGUCUGCCCUUCAUCAUCAAGCAUGCGCAUUCCCUUUACAAGGACCCCAAGCAGUAUCCUGCAGGCCAGAUAGGCCACCACAGACAUUCCUCCAUCAGUACAAUGGACUCGUGGCCACCUGUUGGGCUGGGAACGUUGUACCGCAAGUUCAGCUGA